CAUGCUGUCCCCCCUUUACCAGGACCAUGGCGGCUCGGUGGCGUGGCCCCAGACGUCGUCCUGCUCCUCCUCAUCUCAGGGCCUCCACCGACCACUUCGCUGCCACCCUCCCCCAAUCAGCGGGAGCAGCGUGGGUCCCAACCCCACCUACUAUCAUGCUGUUUAUGACGUCCGUGUGGAGCAGUACAGAGAAGUGCCCUUCACCGGUGGAGGGGGCAGCUAUGGGGUUCACUCGGGCCGGAGCUCCAUGUCCCUGGUCACCAGCAACACCGACCCCAUGGUCCCAUUGAUCCGCCGGAGGGGAGGACUGGUGGACCACCGGGAUGUCAUCCUGGCACAUCAGGCCCACAAACUGCACAACACACCCCAGGCCAGGAGGAAACAGUGGGAAAUGGCGCGUUUUGGAGACGAGCUACCCAACAGGUAUGGAGGAGGAGGAGGAGGUGGUGGUGGCGGUGGUGGCGGGGGUGCCGGCGGACAAGGGGGGCCUGGCCGCGGCGGCAGCAGGCAAGGGGGGCCCCCCGGAGCGCAGCGGAUGUACAAGCAGUCGAUGGCCCAGAGAGCCCGGACCAUGGCCCUGUACAACCCCAUACCCGUCCGGCAGAGCUGCCUAACGGUCAACCGCUCCCUCUUCCUCUUCAGCGAAGACAACGUGGUGAGGAAGUACGCCAAAAAGAUCACCGAAUGGCCAUAUCCUUUCAUAAGCUAUGCCGAGCAGCCAGCCAAGGUACUGGGGUUGUAGUGUGGUGUGUUUGCUGGUGUGGUUAGCGACGUGUGGCCUAGUCUGGUGUGGAGUGGUUUGGUGUUGAAUUAGCCAACACCUGCAGGAUGAAAGUUGUGGUUGAUAUGGUGAUGUACAGUGUAUGUGUGAGUGCGUGUGAGUUAAUGUAAGAUAUUGUGUGAUGCUUUUUGUUCUUUUUGGUAGUGUUGUGAGAUUUUACAUGAUGUGUGUGUGUGUGUGUGUGUGUGUGACAUGUUGUAUGGCUUUUCUGUUGAUUGAUACAUGAAAGAAAACAUGAUCUCACUUCACUUUUCGCUCCUGUGCUCAAACCUGCUGGCCUCAGGCUGCCACUGCCACUGAUGGAAUGAGAGAUGAUGUUGACGUUGAUGGUGGUUGUCAUGACACCAGCAAUCACAAUCAUGUUGAUGCAGCUGGUGAUUAAGAUGCAUCUUGAAUACAGCAUUUAGCUCGAACCUGUUAGUGACCUGUGUGUGUGUGUGUGUGUGUGUGUGUGUGUGUGUGUGUGUGUGUGUGGGUGUGUGGGUGUGUGUGUUGGGGCUAUAGUUGUAGUCAGAGCUGAGUGCUGAUGUCAGCAUUAUGAAGGCUUAAGCACCAUGCAACCAGAAGGGAGAGGAAAUGACUCUCUUGCUCUCUCUCUUUCUCUCUCUCUCUAAUUACUACUGACCAUAUAUGGGCAGUCAGUGGCUGGUCUACAGGAUGGCAGUGGAAAAAGCUGUAAUUGUCAGGACAGGUUGGUCCACUGCUGUUACAACCUGGAACAUCUGGCCUGGCAUUAAGUCAUGGUUUUAAAAACUGUUAAAUCCAACGCACUGUGUGGUUUCGAGGCUUAUUUUGUUGUUUGGACUUUUUAGUAGUUUUUUGGGCAUUUUUGCCUUUAAUACAUAGACAUUAGAGAGCGGACAGGGAAUGAGGGAAUGACACACACCAAACAUCUCCAGCCUGGGGACGUUUCAGUGACAUACUCAUUGUCUUAGAUGCUGAGGCCACCAGGGCACCCCAUCUGGGGCUUUUGGAGCCUCCAGAGGUCGCUCACUUUGUUGGUAGCCCAGCUUAUGUUCUGCUGUUUUGCCUUCCUCUCUCUUAACGCACAAAUGUGACAUCUUUACAUCUGUUUGCUUGGAGCUGUUGCCAGCCUUUUAGGGAAAUGAAGGGACCAUCCAAAGUAUACUCUAGAUAAUGUACUGGUGAGAUGAGUGAAGGUUAUCAUUCGAUCUGAAACAAUUAGUCCAUUAAUCAAUUAGCAUAUUGACAAAAAAUACACUUAAUCUAUGUAUCCAAAAAAAGGAAAAUAUGUUGCGUUACAUAUAGUUUACUAUAGCACUUUUACCGUAGUAAUUAUGUGUUUAUGGUGAUUUUUCUUUCUUGUAUUACUAACCAGUUUGUGUUGAUGCAGAGACAGUUUACAUGACAACAUGGCACACAGUUACACAUUCAGUGACAGUGGCUGGUUUGCGUAGUUCAGAGAGUGAGAGGGUGAGCUGCCCCCAUGCAGGAAUUUUAGGGUGAUCUUAUACAUUCAAUUCAUCCAUUUUAAUUGCAAAUUAGCUUUUAUAUACAAAUGCCUCAAAAUUACAGACUGAAAUG